AUGGGCGAGCUCCUCUGGCGCGAUCCCGCCUUCAUCGACAUCUACUCCGGCCCUCUGAGCGACAGCACCUACAGCACAGAGAGCCGCGUCGAGAACUUUGCGAACCGGGCUGCCGGGAUGGGCAAGUCGCUGCUAGGAGGGCUCGCCGCCAACCUGACAGAGAUCGUGCCGGUGAAGCUCCGGUCCGGCCUGCGAGCGCUGCAGGAGGUGAGCGACAUGAAGGAUGCCCUGAGCGGUGCAAUCACUGGCAACGGCAGCAGCAGUGCCGCCCUCGACGGGCUGCGUGCAGCGCUGCAGCUGGUUCUGCGCGGGCUGCUCGAUGCAGAGGCCUCCGAGCUCGGCAUCGAGGCGGACGACGCGGCGGUGCAGCUUGCGGCGACGGCAUUGCGCGGCGCCGUGGCCUUCGCGGCGGAGCUGCCCGUCGGCUCGCGGGAUGCGCGCAAAGCGGUCGACUUUGUCGCGGCUCUCGUCUCGCGGCUCGAGCAGCUGCCGCCGGCGGGCAGCAUGCUCGUGCCCGCCGGCUGGCUGGGCGACGAGCCGGACGCGCCGCCCAGCCUGCUCCUCCUCAGCGUGGCGCGCCGCAUCGACGGCGGCGGGUACGACGUCUGGGUCUGCAACGCCGGAGACGGCCUGCAGUACCACGCGGUGCGCGCCUCGGACCGGAUGGGCUCGCUGCGGGUGAACGCGCCGGCGCGACUCCCGUCCGUGAGCGAGGAGCGCGCCUCCUCGGCCGCGUUUUGGUUCCUGCUGCUGCGACCUCUCAUCUGGCCGUGCGGCGCGGCCGCCUCGCGGACCGCCGUCUACGAGCAGCUGCUUCCCUUCCUGACGCUCGCGCCGCUCGUCUCGCGCGUGGGGCCGGAGGAGGCGGCCUGGGUGCCACCGCCGUCCGCCGCCACCGCCGCCGGCUGCGGCGGCCUCGCCAUGCAGGCGCUGCACGCGCUGCUGCGGGCGGGAGGACUCGACGGCGGCGCGGCGCGCCACGUGCGCCUCACCUCCUCCCUCGCCGCGACGAGCACCAUCUUCUCGUCGGACGCCGCGCUCGUCCGGCUGGCGCUGCAGCAGGUGGCGGCGCUUGCCGCAGACCAGCUGGGUGUCCCAGCAGACCAGCUUAGAGAGGGCGCCGGACCGACGACUGACUCGCACGCGUUGCAGCUGCUCGGCACGCUCGACGAGGCGUCCCUCGCCCUCGCCGCCGCCGUGGUGCCUCCGAUUGUGCGGCCCGUGCGGCUCACGCUGGUCGCCGAUUCGGUCUCUGACUACGACGGUGCGCUCGCCGUGCUGCGGCACGCGGCGCAGCUGUGCACCGUCAUCUCGCACCAGGCAGGCCGCAUGCGCAACAGCUACGCGCUGCGCGCCUCGCUCCUCGAGCACAUUGCGGCGCGAGUGCUCCCGCUCCCGCUCCCGCUCCCGCCGCGCCGCCCGAAGCACGUCGCCGCGGCGCUCGCGCAAGGCGGCGACGACGAGGCGCUCGGCGGGUGGCGUGGCGUCGGGGAGUGGGACUCGGACGUCGACGCCGCCGCCGAGCCCGCGUGCGGUUGCUUCUGGUGGCGGCGCGGCAUGCGAGCGGCGACGCAGCUCGAGCUGCUUCGGCUGCUCUCCCUCCUCUCGCGCCACUACGCGACUGUCGUCCUCUCGAUGAACCCGACCGUCCUCUCGGACGCGUCCCGCAUCCUCACCUUUGCCUCGUUCGCCGCGCUGGCCGAUGCGGUCGUGCGGCGCACCGCCUCCGACUGCCCGUCCGCCUUCUCCCUCCAGUACUCGGGCGCGGCCACGGGCCCGUCCGAGCCGUACGCCUUCACCGUCGACCGGCUCCGAGACGAGUCGGCGACGAUGCGGCUGCACGACGAGUCGCUCCUCGCUAAUCGCACGCGGCUGCUCGACUACUUUGCGUCGACGAAGGCGCUCCUCCUGCCACCCGUCGCCGACGAGGCUGGCGCUGGCAGCGAGGCCGCCGAAAGCGACGCCGACGGCGACGACGGCAUGUGGGCGGUGGCCGCCAAGGAGUUUGGCAAGGAGCCGUUCAGCAACGGGCGCGACAGGCGGUACGAGGAGGUCAAGGCGGCGCUGCGCGAGCAGUUUGGGCGCGACGCCGUCAACGAGCGCUCCAAGCCCCGGCUCAAGGCGCUCGCCGCGGCGCACGGGGUGGAGGCGAGCGGAGAGGCGGCGGCGCCGAAGCUGUCCGGGCCCGACCCCGCGCGGACCUGCUUCCGCUUCGACAGCACGAUGCAGUGGGGCGGCGGCGACGCGGCUCUCAUCGACCAGCUCACGUACAGGGUGGGGUAUCCGUCGCACGGCUUCCCCGAGGCCGAGGGCAAGCCCGACGCGGAGUCGCACGCGGCCGCGUCGCCUGCGCCGUGGCGCUACUUCACGGGCGAGGCUGCCGAGUUCGCCGCCGAUUGCCCCGAGCUGGGCGCGCUGCGCGACACGGUGCUGCUGCUCAAGGCCUUCAUGGUGCCGACAGCCGAGGAGCUGCCGCCGCUGCAGCCGUGGACGGUGGCCGACGCCGACGUGGUUUGGACAUCGGACAAGCAGGGAGGCCUCUCCGCCGUCGCCUUCGGACGCCAGCUCUCGUGCGCCUACUCGCCCAUCUGCUGCGAAGACGACGUGCUCCACCUCAAGGAGCUCCCCUCCUUCGGCGGCCGCGUCUCGUCCGUCGAGGCGGAGCACCUGCUGCAGGAGAUGCUCGACGCAACCCUCUUUGAGCCCGGCGAGUGGCUCCCGCCCGCCGGCUCCCCGGCGGUGACCGAGGUGCCCGCGCCGUCGCGUGCUCCCUUCGCGACCGCCGCUGGCCUGCUCGUCAACGAGAUGCAGCACGCCCCCGAAGGGCUGGCCGCCUCGCUCCUCGAGAUUGGCACGAACGCGCUCGAGCUCGACCCGGGCAAGUUCAAGCCGGAUGGCGGGCCCGCUGCGAUCCUCUAUGCCGUCCGCCUGCUCACGCGCGUGCAGAGCGUCGCCCGUGCGAUGACCGGCGCCGACGAUGCCGCAGGCGCGGCCGGCGCGAUCGCGCGCGCUCGCGGGAUGGCGCCGCGCGCCUCCGCGCGCAGGACGCUGCGCCAGCUCUCGCGCGCCAUCAAGGAGCUGCUGUGGGGCCGCUACUUCCCCGUCCUCGAGCGGUGGGCCGAGCGGUGCAUGGUCGGCGAGCGCGACACGGCCUCGGCCGCCAUCCUGCAGGCGCACCUCGCCAUGCUCGCCUCGACGCUGCCGCCUUCCGAGCUCGACUUCCGCGCCGUGUCGACGCUGCUCGUCGCGCAGGUCUACCUCGCCAACUUCUACGCGUGGGACGUGGACGUGGACGCGCGCCGGCAGGCGGGCAGGGGGCGGGUCGCCGCCGACGACGGGCUGCUCGUGCCGCAGACCGAAGUGCUCUCCCUCUUCCAGCGCCAGCGAGGCCGCCUGCUCGCGUGGCUCGACGCACACCCGCGGCUGGCCGACGAGUGCAUGGAGGCCAUCGAGCGGGUCGUCUCGUACACGGGCCUCCGCCGUCGCGCGCAUGACGACGCCGUGGCACGCGGCUGGGCACGCGUUGGCGCAAACGGCCGCUUCUGCCCGACCACGGAGCUGCCGGCGGCGCUCGAGGCGUCGGCGCGCGUCGCCGCCGCCGCCGCUCGCGACGGGCACAACCGUUGGUACUACCGCGUGUGCAACGAGAGCGUCGACACCGAGAUCGACAUCGAGCUCGGCGAGUUCUCGGUGCGCCGCAAUCGCGUGCAGCUGGUGCCGCGCGAGUUUGGCGAGUUUGCCGACGCACGCGUCGCUCUGGGAGGCGCACUCGACGCGAGCCAGCUGCCGCAGUGCGCGGUGGUGCGGUCGACGGCACACUGCGAGCACGUGCGGCUCGUCUCGCAGCGGAUGGACCUCCUCAGGUGGGACUCGGACCCGCGCGACCUCGGCGAGGCCCUCGGCUGGACGCGCCCCUACCCGGGCGGCCUCGCGCCCAGCGAGCGGUGGCUGCCUGCCGUGCUCGACCGCUGGCGCGGGAUGCCGCGAGGUGCGGCGCUCACGCUGCCGCCCGGGCCGAGCGUGCACGCCGGGGUCGCCAUGCUGCUGCUGCGGGCGACGAUGACGCCGCCGCCGCCGGCUGGGCAAGAGGGGGCCGGCCCCGCGGUGGUCGUCUCGCGGCAGGUCGUGGCGCACGCGAGCGGGCGGGUCGAGGCCUCCUCUCUCCACGAGCCAUCUCCCGAGAGCCAGCAGUGGGUGCCGACCCAGCCGCCGCCCGACCCCUCGCGCGGCGCCGUCCUCGGCCUCGCGCCCGCCCGGCCUUCGCUUCGCGUCGCCCGGAACUUGGCGAACGCGCCCCACCUGGCGCAGCAGACGCUCGUGCCGAAGCGGCUCCUGCGCGGCCUGCUCCCCGACGCGCUCCUCGACGGCUACGUCUUUUGGCAGGCUGACGGCGAGCCGCAGCACCUGCACGGUUUCGAGACGGACGAGACGGCCGCCGCCGCCGUCACCCACCACCGGCUGCUCGUCGAGCUGCGCCCGCCGCCGGCGGAGCCGCUGGAGGGCGCCGUGGCCGCGCCGAUGCUCCCCACGGGCACGUCUUCUUCGCUCUUCAACCUGGCGGGCGACGCUGCCGAUGGCGUCGUGACGCGCUUGCCGCUCUGCGACGUGCACGCCGCUGCGCCCCGCACCGACGCCGUCGUGGACGACUCCAAGCCGCGGCUCGUCCUCGCCAACGCGGCCGCCUCCGCGUCCUCAGCGCCGCUCGUCGCGCUGCUACAGCGGCUCGAGAGCGCCGCGCACACGCUCUUCUGGUGCGCUCCGCCCGCGGCCGACGGCGACGCCGCUGCUCUCGCGCGUGUCGAGCUCCCGCGGCUGCGGCUCAGCUUCGCCGUCGUGGGGGGCCGGCUGCUCUCCGAGGAGCACGGCGGGCACUGGAUCUCUGACGCGCGGGGCGGGGCUCUCGACCAGCUGCUGCUCGGCCUCGCGGCGCACUGCCUGCUGCUCGAGAAUGCGACCGGCGAGGUGCUCGUGCUGCUGCCCGCCACCGGCCGGCCGCUGCCCGUCGCCUCCGGUGUGCACCUGCUCCACGGCGACGCGGGCUGGCUUGCCAACCUCCACCCCUCCGUGCGGCACUACGUCUACGCGGCGCACCCGUCGGGCGCCUUCCUCGCCUCGACGACGCUGGGCUCGUCGCUGUACCUCCUCGUCUGCUACCUCUUCACGAGCAACCACGAGCUCGCCUUUCGCCUCGCCGAGUGCUGCGUCUCCGACACGCCCCUCUCGCCCGAGGAGGCGCAGCUCUGGGCGACGCUCGGUCUCGCGGCGCACGACACGCACCCGGACGCCCACGCGGUGCGCCUCAAGCUGUCGCUGGUCACGAUGGGGGCGGAAGACGUGAUGGCGUGCCCGUGGGACGUGGGGGCCGAACUGCGCGGCUACCUCUCGAAGGCGCCGCACGUCUCGCCCGCCUGCCGCCUCUCCCCCGACGAGGAGGCGCUCCUGUACCAGGAGCACAAGGCGACGCUGCCGACCAAGGGGAACGACGCGGUCGACGUGCUCAACCGGCGAGCCGUUCUCAAGGCGAUCCGCGCGGGCGAGGCGGAGGCGCCGCUCGCGCUGCCAAAGCCGCUCGUGCCGCCCUCCUUUGACGCCGUCGCCGACGGCUCGUGCCUCGACAGCGGCGAUGGGCUCGGCAGCCUGCUCGAGGCGGCGCAGCGCAAGGGUGCCGCCGCCUUCUACUCGCGGGCCGCCGAGGGCACGGGCGCCGAGGUGGCGAGCAUAGUCCACGAGGCGCUCGAGGGCGGCGCGCUCACCCUCGGCGGCUCGCGCGGCUUCUUCUUUUUAUACGAGCUCAUGAGCGGCUCGCUGCAGCUGCAGCUGCUGCCCUCCGAGCUGGGCGACUCGCCGCACAGCCUCGCGUGCGUGCUGCUGCGCAUGCUGCCGCAGCACGAGACCUCCUCCCGCGGGCUGCUCCAGUCAAUCCUGCGCACGAUGGCGGCCAACCGCGCCGUCGCCGCCGCGCUGCCGCCGUACGAGCCGCCCGCCCAGAAGAGCGAGGUCCUCACCAAGGAGGACCCCUCCAAGCAGCUGCUCCUAGCGGUGCACGACGCGCUGCAGGCCAAGCGCGCGAGUCUGCUCUGGGCGACGGGGGAGCCGAUGAGCGGGGCGAUGUCGAUGCCGCCGCCCGCCUUCCGGCCGCCCGACGUGCUGCGCCUGCAGCCCACCGCCGCCUACCGAGAGCUCAUCGUGCCGCGCGCCACCGACGUGGCAUGCGCCAAGCUGCGUGUGGCGACGGUCAAGGGCGCCGCGGUGGAGGGCGCCGACAUGGACGCCGCCGAGCUGACCGCGCUCUGCAGCACGCCGCUCUCCCCGCUGCCGCUCGACCGCUUCGUGCGGAGCGCGGCGGCACGCAGGGACCGGCCGGGCGGCGGGCUGCCGUUUGAGCUGCGCAAGCACCCGCGCGCAAAGUCGCCCGUCGCCUUGGAGAUGCUCUCGCGGCUCGCGGCGGACUGUGAGCUCUACGCGGACGCGGAGGCGAGCCGGACCAUGGUUCAGCUCGACUGCCUCCGCCCACGGAGCGUCCAAGCUCUCUUUGGUCCAUCGGCGCGUACCGCCGCCACCAAGGCCGCCUCGAGCCUGCGCGCCUUGCGCAGCGCGCUCGAGCAGCUGUGCGUGGCCGACGAGGGCGCAGCGCACGCCGCCGCCGAGGCGGCCCUCGGCCUCGUCAACGGCGUCCCCCGCGACCCGCCCUCGCGUGAGCUGCUGAGCCACAGGCUGAGGGUGACCGGCGGCCGCGAGCCCAAGGUGUGGUUCGAGCUGCUCGUCGCGCUCUCGAUGUCGGAGCACGGCGUCGCCGCCCUGUGCCACUUCAACCCGUACUUGGGCGAGCAGCUCGCGCAGCGCGCCCUCCACCUGUGCGCCGCGGCGAUGCUGCGGACAUCUCGCAUCUCCCAGGCGCGCCGCUGCUUGCCGCAGGUCGACGACCUGCUCGGGCUCGUGGCGGCGGCGGAGAAGGCGGCGGGCGGCGCCGGCUGGCCGUCGGAGGAGGUGCGACUCGAAGCACGGACCGAGCUCGGCGUCAAGGCGGAUGGCCUCGCCUCGGCGCUCGCCGCAGGCCGCAAGCACGCGACCGUCGGCGGCGCCGGCGCGGAGGCGACGCUCGACCCGCGGCUGCUCGCGUUCGAGUUUGCGUCGACCUUUGUGCUGCGCGGCGCCCAGGUGUCGCUCGUCUCCGACUUCAUCGCAAAGGCGGGCGGCGGCGAGUCGCUCUGCUGCCAGAUGAUCAUGGGCGGCGGCAAGACGACCGUCAUCACGCCGCUGCUCGCGCUGCUCCUCGCCGACGGCAAGCGGCUCGUGGUGCAGUGCGUGCCGGCGGCGCUGCUGGAGAUGAGCCGUGCCGUCGUGCGCGCCGCCUUCGCCACCGUCACGCGCAAGGCGGUGUACACGUUCGAGUACGACCGGCUCACCGACUUGCAGGCGACGCAGCGGCUGCGCGCCAAGCUCUCCAAGGCAGCCGCCACACGCGCCGUGGUCGUCUGCUCGCCCAUCUCGGUCAAGGCCUUUGUGCUCAAGCUCGUCGAGAGCCUCCACCAGCUGUCGCAGUCGUACGCCGAGAAGCCAAAGGGCGUCGCCGGCGCAAUCGACGCCGCGGGCUCGGCGCUGACCAAGUUCGGCAAGGGGCUGCUCCACCGCUUCGGUGUGCCCGGCUCCGACGCCUAUGUUGACCGCAUCAAGGCGUUGCGCCGCGAGACGGAGGCGUGCGUGGCGGUCUACCGCGUGCUGCAGGGCUCGGCCCUCCUCGUGGAUGAGGUCGACCUGGUGCUCCACCCGCUCAAGUCGGAGCUCAACUGGCCGCUCGGCGACAAGCUGCCGCUCGACUUCACGGAGGGCGAGGACAAGACGGGCCUGCGCUGGCGCAUCCCCUUCUUGCUCCUUGACGCGCUCUUUGCCGCGCGUGGCGCGCCGCUGGUCAACGAGUCGCUCGGCGCGUCGCCGCGCGCGCUCGAGCUGAUCGCCACGCUGCGCGAGCAGCUGGAGGCUGGCCUCAACGCGCAGCACCUGCAGGCGGCGCCGCACCUGCUGCUGCUGCGGCGCGAGUUUUACGACGAGACGCUCAAACCGCUCCUCGCCCGCUGGCUCGUCCUCGUGCUCACGCAGCUCAAGCUGCGCAAGCUGAGCGACGCCGAGGCGACCGAGUACCUCCUCCACCGCAAGGUGCCCGCCGACGCGGGCCAGCGCCUCAGCGGGACGCAGCAGCAGAUGCUCCGCCUCUCGGCCGACUGGUUGAGCGCCUUUCUGCCUCACGUGCUCUCGCGCAUCGACCGCGUCCACUACGGGCUGCUCUCGCCGGCGCAGCUCGCGGCGGCGCUCAAGGACCAGCCGCAGAUGCCGGUGUCGCGCCGGCUGCUCGCGGUGCCCUUCGUCGGCAAGGACGUGCCGUCAAAGGCGUCCGAGUUUUCGCACCCGGACGUGGUGAUCGGGCUCAGCAUCGCCGCCUUUCGCUACGAGGGGCUGCGCAAGUCGGACCUGCUGGAGGUGCUGCACGGGCUGCGCACGCAGAUGGCAAGCCAGCCCGGCCCCUACUCGAGGCGGCCUGCUUGCGCAAAGUACAGGAAGUACGUGGAGCACGCCGGCGCACACGUGCGUGGCUCGCGCGCACCUGCCGACCCGGCGGGGCUCAUGCUGGCCCAGUCGGCCGUCGAGAUCCAGGCGGCAGAGCGGGGCCGCCGCACGAGGAAGGACAUCGCGGCGGAGCGCAAGAGCAGCGGCGGCAGGCGCAAGAGCAGCGGCGAAGGGCCCAUUUGGCAGAGGCUGCGGCAGACCUCCAUCGCUAAAGCUGCCAGCGGACGCGACUGGGGCAAGGACGACCAGGGCCAGCGCAUCCACUCGGCCAACAGCGAGCUGCGGCGGCACAAGGCGGCGUCGAGUGAUCCAAACAUCCUCGAGAGCAUCCCGUCGCCCGAUUCGCCAACGGUCGAGCGCAAGUCCGGCGUUCUCGAGCCACCGCCGCCGGAUCUCUUCGACGAGGACGUGCUGCCGCUGCAGAUGCUCGACCUCGGCGACCCCGAGCAGGUCGAUCAGCUGCACGGGCUGCUACACAAGGUGCCGCACGUCGUGUACGACCUGCUCAACGAGCACACCUUCCCAAAGACGAUGGAGUUCCAGGAGACCAAGCUCUCCGCCUCGGGGCAGGACCUCGGAGGUUCGGUCCUCUUCCCGCUGCGGCUCGGCUUCUCGGGCACGCCCUCGUCGCUGCUGCCGCUCGAGAUGGGCGCCUGCCAGUUCGCGCGCACAAUCGAGGCGCAGAUCAUGCGCACCCUGACCGACCCCGCCAUCAUCUCGCUCACCCGCCUGCCCCUCGACUGGAGCGUCGAGUCGACGCUGCACCACGUGGCGACCGCCACGUCGGCGGCGCGCGCGGCGCUCACCCUCGGCAAGGACAUGACGUUUCGCGACUACUCGCAGGGCGCCUACCGCAUGCGCGGCAUCGGAAAGGGCCAGACCGUGGUGCUGCUCGCGCCGCCCGAGGUGCUCUCGCUCGUGCGAGCGCACGUCGCCCUGGGCGCCGGCCGCGCCGAGGACGAGGCUGCCGAGUCUCUGUCGGCGCAAGAGGCACUACACAACAUCGCCGCCUGGCUGCACGUCAACUCGAUGCGCUCGGAGACGAUGCAGUUCAACCUGCUCUGCGAGCAGUCGGUGCGCAACGUCUUCCGGAAGCGCGCCUUCCGCCUCCUGGUCGAGGCGCGCGCAAAGGUUGGCACUAAGGGGGAGGACGGACCGACCCGUGCGGCGCUCGAUGUCUUUCGCGACCAGAUCGACCUGAGCAUCGCGCCGGCUCUCGGCGGCGGCGGCCUUGAUCUCGCCGGCACGAUCGCCGAGCUCGCCGUUGCGCAUCGCGAUUUCAUCGUGUCGGACGAGGAGAAGGCGGCGGUGGCGGGCAUCCAGCAGAAGCUCGCCUCGGCCAACAAGCAGUCGGAGAGCUCCGCCGAGGCGGAGGUGCAGCAGCUGCUCUCCAACCUCAGCGCCGACGCCGACGUCGAGGCGGUCAUGGCGGCGGCCGACAAGGACGGCUCGGGGUCGCUCGACCGCGCCGAGCUCCGCGCGGCGCUCGCCACCUCCGCCUUCCACCUCAUGGAGGAGGGGCGCUACUACGGCGCUUCGGCCCACUCGGCGCUGCGCUUUGUCGACUCGCAGCACGACUUCGACGCGCCCGCGGUGGGCGCGCUGCUGCGCACGCUGCAGACGGCCAGCUGUGAGGAGCGCGCCCACUGGUGGCUGGCGGUGCGCGGCUGUCGCCGCCGCUUCCGCCGCGACUGGCACGAGACGCCGCUCUCGCAGGUCUUCACCGUGCCCUCCGAGUUUGCGAUGAUCAAGCGCGGCGCCCUCGUCUCGGCGAUGCACCGGCGGCUCCGCGCCAGGGGGCUCUACGUGCAGGACGCCUUCCGCGUGUUUGACCACGACGGGAACGGCGUGCUCUCCUGCUCCGAGUUCUUCUCGGCCUGCCGCUGGCUCGGCCUCAAGAUGCUGCCCGCCGACGUGCACGAGAUUGUGCGCCAGAUCGACGAGGACGGCGACGGCCUCAUUUCUCCCGAGGACUGGCUCGCGUGGAUGAAGGACGCGGCGCCCGACCUGGGCGCGAUCUCCGUCGCGCAGUCGCAAAUCGAGGAGCUCGGCGAGGUGCCCGCGCCGCGCGAGUCAGACCGGAGCAGUCGGAAAAAGAAGGGCUGGUUCGGGUUCGGGUAG